AUCCACUUGGGUUGUAAUUAUUUCGAGGAAUACAGUAGCACAACAGUAACUUUGAUUUGCAUGUAUUUACUAUAGGUAGCAAGCGACUGGUGACAAAGAAUUAUUCCCUGCAGAAGCAAGACUUUCCCACAACAUUGUGAUAAUCAUCGUGCAGAAGUUGGUACAAAAUCGAUUCCGUGCGGGGGCAGUGCAGAAAUAGUGCGCGACUCAAUCUCAGUGCUUUUUUCCUGGAAGUUUGAAGCAGAAAACAAUCUGGGACUCUGUGAUAGGAGUAGGAGUGUGUCAUCGUCUGAAAAUUUUCUCUUUGUUUUGAUUCCCACACACGGCUCGGUUUUUUGUGUGACAUCGUCGUUCGAAAUUGACUGACAAAAGUGAAGAAAAAUUUCCAUUUUGCAUCAUCAUCAUCAUAUUGCUGCUGAAAGGAACGAGCUAAAUAUGCGGCCAGUAAGUGAAGUGCUUUUCGCGCGAAAUGUGUCGCUCUAAGUCAUAAUCAACGCCGCGGUGAAUAAUUCUGAACUCGCUAACCGAGAGUGCUGCUGCUGCUGUGUGUGUCGGAGUCCUGCUGGGUCGGACUUCCAACAAUUUAACUAGGAACAAUCGCGUUUUAGCGUCAGUGUUGAAGAAGAAGAAAGGAUGAACCUCUCGACCGUCUUCACGGACGAAACGUUUGUCUACCUGUACCGGGAGAUGAUGGAUAACUAUGUGCCGGCGUACUUCAAAACCAUGGAGUACACCCCGUGGAUCUUCUCGCUGCUCGGGUCGGCACUGAUCGGACUGAGUGGGAUCCUGCCGCUGGUGGUCAUUCCGGUCGGUGACAGCAGCGACAAGGAGUUUAAAGAUCCCGCCGAAUCGAAGACCCUUAGAAUUCUGCUCAGUUUUGCCGUCGGCGGUCUGCUGGGGGAUGUCUUCCUGCACCUACUACCCGAGGCGUGGAGCAGCGAUGUGGCGUCCAGUGGAAGUGAUGAACACCCUUCGAUGCGCAGCGGGCUGUGGGUUCUGGGGGGAGUGCUGAUCUUUACCAUCGUGGAGAAGAUCUUCUCCGGUUACACGAACGCCGACGAGAACAAUCCGCAGCCCAGGUGCGUCGAGAUUGCCACCUGUUUGCUGAGGCAGAGCGGUGGAAAACUGCCGGAAGGUUUCGUCGGAACGUGCGGUCAAACUGGCGGGGCGUGCGACAUCGAAGACGUACCCAACGGAUGCUUCCUGGCGGGGAAAUCGGAAGAGAAGAAGGAACCGGCCAAGAAGGUGGCCGGCUAUCUGAAUCUACUGGCCAAUUCGAUCGAUAACUUCACCCACGGACUGGCGGUGGCCGGGUCGUUUUUGGUUUCCUUCCGGCACGGGGUGCUGGCCACGUUCGCCAUUCUUUUGCACGAAAUCCCGCACGAGGUGGGCGACUUUGCCAUCCUGCUGCGGUCCGGGUUCAGCCGAUGGGAUGCAGCCAAGGCUCAGAUGCUGACUGCCGGGGCCGGUCUCGUGGGAGCCCUGGUGGCCAUCGGGGGCAGUGGGGCCACCACGGCCAUGGAAGCUCGCACCUCCUGGAUUAUGCCGUUCACGGCGGGAGGCUUCCUGCACAUCGCACUGGUAACGGUCCUGCCGGAUCUGCUCAGCGAAAGUGAACCGCGCGAAUCGAUCAAACAAUUUGCCGCCCUACUACUGGGCAUCGGACUGAUGGGAUUCAUGACCGUGUACUUUGAGCAUUAGAUGGAAAAAAGGAGCCCCCCCCCCCCCUCAAUUGCCGCACGCUUGGGUGCUUGAAGAGCGUGUGUCGUUGGAUCAACCGUCAUCGUGAGAAUCCCACCUGUUUUGUUUUUCUGUUUGUGCUGUCUGUAGUUCCCCGAUCCCUCUUUCGAUUAUCUCUAGUCCCAAGGACUCUGGCACAAUCCUCGCACACGGCCGCCGCAUGCAGCACGUGUGUCGGCUCUUCGCAACAGUACCUAUAGUAUGCAGUUUGCCAUAUAUACGAUGAUGAACGCUCCUCACUGGAACGAGAAAAAAUCCAUUCAAAUUAUUAAAUUGUAGGUUAACAAACACAAAUUAGACGUAUGCAACAAAUUUCACCCCCCCCCCCCCCCCCCAUAUUUGUUAAAUAGUGUGUUAUUGAUUGAUGAAUAAGUGAAGCGAAGAUAAAAAAAUACGAUGAGCGGACGUAAUGUGAUAGGUCCUUAUGUUUAAAUUGGUAAGCGAAACUAAAAAGUGGAACAAUCCCUUAGAAUUAUAAAAUGAUAAAAAGGUCGUUUUUCUUUAGCUGUAUUCUGUACAUAUAGGCGAAGUGUUCGAAAAAUCAGAACACUGAAAAAGUGAAAUCGAACUGACGAGAUAGGGUCGACUUUUUCGAAAGUAAACAAUGUGAUUUCUUGUAUGAUACCUAUUCGAGAUAAAUGGAAAAAAAAUAAAGCAAACAGUAUGAUAUUCAAUUUUAGCAAA